CUACAAAUCCCAGAUUCACCAACGCGGAAGUAGCAAACAAAAACACCGCCAGCUCGUAGCACGCUGCAGGAGAGGAAAAAGAUGUCUUACGCAGGAAAAAAGAGAAAACUGGAUAAAACCCGCCAGGAUAGACUUUAUUUUGACAGCUACGCGGAUGUCACCAUUCACGAAGAAAUGAUAGCGGACCACGUCCGGACCAACACUUAUCGGACGGCGAUUCUUUUGAACACCGAGUGCAUUCGGGGUAAAGUGGUGCUGGAUGUCGGCGCAGGAACGGGCGUGUUAAGCAUCUUCUGUGCCCAGGCGGGAGCCAGGAAAGUCUACGCCGUGGAGGCCUGCUCUAUAUCCGAGCAGGCUGAGAAAAUAGUCCGACAAAACAACAUGGACGAUCGAAUUGAGGUCAUUCGGGGGACCGUGGAAAGCGUGGAGCUCCCCGAGAAGGUGGACGUGAUUGUGAGUGAGUGGAUGGGUUACGCUCUGCUUCACGAGUCCAUGCUCAACUCGGUGCUCUGUGCCCGGGAUAGGUGGCUUCGGCCCGGCGGCAUCAUCCUGCCGAGCAGAGCCGAACUCUACAUCGCGCCCAUCUGUGACCCGGUGGUCGAAGACCGCCUACACUUCUGGUACACCGUCAAAGAGCAGUACGGCGUCGAUAUGUCGUGUAUGUCCGACUUUGCCCGGAAGUGCAUUAUGAACUCUGACAUCACGGUGAACACCGUGACCGUGGAGGACGUGCUUUCCCACCCGGCGCGCUUCGCGGAGCUGGACCUAUAUUCUGUGACGGCGGAGGAACUCCGCUCGGUGAAGGGCCGGUUCAGCUGCGGCUCGUUCGGCUCGGCGGCAGUCAAUGGCUUCUGCGUGUACUUCACGGUCAGCUUCCCGUGUUCGGACAAACCGCAGACGCUCGUGCUCUCCACGUCGCCGUUCAAACCCGAGACCCACUGGAAGCAGGCGGUGCUGUACCUCGACUCCCCGGCGGAGGUGAAGCAGGACACGCUGGUCUCCGGGGAGGUGUGCAUGUAUCCCUCAGAGGAAAGCGACAGACAUAUAUGUAUCCACCUGGAGUAUGCUAUAGGAGAAGAGAAAAGACAGUCCAAGACUUUCUCCAUGCCUGACUGGAGCUCUGACGCCUAGACUUAGAAUUACUAAAUGACCCUAAACAUCACACAGAAGUAGUGUUAUGAUAAAUAAUUCAGAUGAUCAAUUAAUAGCACUUUAGUAGGAAAAAAACACCUGGUCUCUACAUCUGCACUUAUUUGAUCAAGUUUUACUGCUUUUAAAUUGGUAUUUAAAAAUAAAAGUUUAAAUUCACUCUAAAA